AUUCUAUAGUAACUGUAAAUAAUUCAUCCUUUUCAUAAAUAUCUCUUAUUCGUGGGAAGUAUUUUAUGGCAUUCGCCAUCUUUAUUCUGAAUAUGCUCUAUAAAGCUCCAGUCAUCUGAAGGAGGAAAAUUAUCUGCAUAUCAAAUACUAGGUGCAUUUCUUGGUUGUCAAAAAUUUCCCAUAGCACGUGGUGGGACUGUUUUUCCACAUGAUCUUUUUCUGGAGAGAAAGAAGACUUUCCUUGGUUCUUCUAACAGGUGCAUUUCCUCUAAUUUUAACCUCUAAUUACUAGGUUAAUGGCUCUACUAUUGCAUCAUAUCUCUAAGGAACCUUCAGUAGUAUAUACUGGAGACUAGAUGAAUCCAAAACUCAUAAACUGCCCAGUUCCCAAACAACCCAAUAAGUGUGGGAAUGCUGAAGCCCACUGGGUUUGCAAGGUUUCUGGCUGCAAUUUUCUAAAUCGACUCCAGGCGCCGCUGUUGGCCAAUUUGCUGCAAGAGCUGGAUCCCAGGAUCCACCAGGAUGAAAGUCUGCGCAGCCACAGAAGCAAAGCUGAGGGUGAUUUGGAGUUGGGUUUUCUGUUUGGCAAAUCUGAUAACGAUCAGAAUACUCGGAAACUGGAAGCACCGUGUUUUCUAUGUAGAGAGAGCAAUUUGUGAAGCAUCAGAGGCUGCCGCGGCGCUUGGGAAGGAUGGAAUAUAGGGCGAAACAAAGGAGCAGAACCCCGUGGCGGCAAGUACUCUUUCCCUUUCUGCUGCCUUUGUUCUGUACGGGGCUCUCCGAGCAGAUCCGCUAUUCGAUUCCGGAAGAAAUGGCUAGGGGUUCAGUGGUAGGGAACCUCGCGAAGGACCUGGGGCUGCAUGUUCGGGAUUUACUGACUCGUAACCUUCGAAUUAGUGCGGAGAAACAAUACUUUACUGUGAACACUGAGAACGGAAAUAUUCUCGUGAGUGACAGAAUAGACCGAGAGCUACUCUGUCCACAAAUCCCCCUGUGUGUGGUGCCCUUAGAGAUUGUAGCAGACAAUCCUCUGAAUGUUUUUCAUGUAAAUGUGGAGAUAAAAGAUAUAAAUGAUAAUCCACCUCAUUUCACCCAAAAUAGCAUUGUUUUACAAAUCAAUGAAUUUGCAACUCCAGGCACUCAUUUUGGACUGGAAUCUGCUAUAGAUGCUGAUGUAGGACCUCACUCUCUCCAGAGUUACCAGCUCAGCGUUAAUGAGCAUUUCUCUGUGAUGGUGAAGGACAAGGCUGAAGGCAAGAGUGCCCCAGAAUUAGUGUUGGAGAAGCCCCUGGACAGGGAACAACAGAGCUCCCAUCUCCUGAUCCUCACCGCAGCAGAUGGGGGAGACCCCGUUCUGACUGGCACCACUCAAAUUCAAAUUAAGGUCACUGAUGCCAAUGAUAACCCCCCUGUCUUCAGCCAACAUGUGUACAAAGCCAGUCUCAGGGAGAACAUGCCCCCAGGCACCUCGGUGCUAAAGGUGACAGCCACUGACAAGGAUGAGGGCAUCAAUGCAGAGAUCACCUACUCCUUUAAAUCAUUAGGAGAUGAUAUUGGAAAUAAGUUUAUGCUAGAUCAUCGAAAUGGGGAAAUUAAAUCUAAAGGCCCUGUAGACUUUGAAACCAGGAGCAGUUAUACCAUGAGCAUAGAAGCUAAGGAUGGUGGUGGCAUGGCCACUGAAUGUGAAAUUAUACUAGAAAUUCUGGAUGAGAACGACAAUGCCCCAGACGUUGUUUUUACUUCCGUGUCCAGUUCCAUAGCAGAGGACACUAAACCUGGAAGCGUGGUUGCACUGUUCAAAAGCCAUGAUAAAGACUCAGAAGACAAUGGGGAGGUCAUUUGUCUCAUAAAAGAAAAAGUUCCUUUUAGGAUUGAACCAUCCGCUAGUAAUUACUAUAAGCUUGUAACAGAUGGGAUUCUGGAUCGGGAGCAGACUCCAGAGUACAAUGUCACCAUCAUAGCCACUGACAAAGGCAAGCCACCGCUCUCCUCCAGCACAACUAUCACCCUACACAUCCGAGAUGUCAACGACAACGCUCCCGUUUUCAACCAGGCUUCUUACUUGGUCCACGUGGCUGAGAACAACCCUCCCGGAGCCUCCAUCGCCCAAGUCAGCGCCUCCGACCCAGACCUGGGGCCCAACGGCCAAGUGUCCUACUCCAUCCUGGCCAGCGACCUGGAGCCAGGCGCGCUGUCGUCCUACGUGUCGGUGAGCGCGCACAGCGGGGUGGUGUUCGCCCAGCGCGCCUUCGACCACGAGCAGCUGCGCUCCUUCCAGCUCACUGUGCAGGCGCGCGACCAGGGCUCGCCCCCGCUGCGCGCCAACGCCAGCCUGCGCGUGCUGGUGGGCGACCGCAACGACAACGCGCCGCGCGUGCUCUACCCCGCGCUGGAGCCAGACGGCUCGGCGCUCUUCGACAUGGUGUCGCGCGCCGCCGAGCCUGGUUACCUGGUCACCAAGGUGGUGGCGGUGGACGCCGACUCUGGACACAAUGCCUGGCUGUCCUACCACGUGCUGCAGGCCAGCGAUCCCGGCCUCUUCAGCCUGGGGCUGCGCUCGGGCGAGGUCCGCACCGCUCGCGUCUUGGGUGACAGGGAUGCGACCCGCCAUCGCCUGGUGGUGGCUGUGCGCGAUGGUGGACAGCCGCCCCUCUCGGCAACCGCCACGCUGCUGCUAGUAUUUGCUGAUAGUCUUCAGGAGGCUCUGCCAGACCUCAGGGACCAUCACACAUCUUCUGACCCUCAAGAAAAGCUGCAGUUUUAUCUGGUGGUGGCCUUGGCACUGAUUUCCGUGCUCUUCCUCAUGGCCUUGAUUCUGGCCAUCGCCCUUCGCCUGCGGCACUCCACCAAUCGGGCUUCCUGGGGCUGCUUUCAGUCUGGUCUCUGUUCUAAGUCUAGACCAGGUGUUUCUCUCAACUACAAUGAAGGGACACUACCUUAUUCCUACAAUCUGUACGUUGCCUCUGAGUCUCAAAAUGGCAAGUUUAAUUUUCUCACCAUGACGCCAGAAAUGGUCCCACCACAAGAUCUUUCUAAGGAAGCUUCUUUGACACAAGCCCCGCCCAACACGGAUUGGCGUUUCUCCCAGGCCCAGAGACCCGGCACCAGCGGUUCCCAAAAUGGUGAUGAAACUGGCACCUGGCCCAACAACCAAUUUGACACAGAGAUGCUGCAAGCAAUGAUCCUGGCCUCUGCCAGUGAGGCUGCUGAUGGAAGCUCCACCCUGGGAGGGGGUGCUGGCACUAUGGGCUUGAGUGCUCGCUAUGGUCCCCAGUUCACCCUGCAGCAUGUGCCUGACUACCGCCAGAAUGUCUACAUCCCAGGCAGCAAUGCUACACUGACCAAUGCAGCUGGCAAGCGGGAUGGUAAAACCCCAGCAGGUGGCAAUGGCAACAAGAAGAAGUCUGGCAAGAAGGAGAAGAAGUAGUGUGGAGGCCAGGCCUAAAGCCACAGGGCAGCCUCCCUCCCCAACCAGCUCAGCUUCACCUUACCUGUACCCAGGUCUCAGAAUUCCAGGGCUCACCCCCAGGAUAUUGGUAGGGGCCAAGGCCAUGCUCCCCUUGGGAAACAGAAACAAGUGCCCAGUCAACACCCCCCCUUUCUCUGCCCACAGGGGGGGUUGAAUAUGCAAGGGGAGUUCUGCUGGGAACCCCCAUCCAAUCAAUUGCUGUAUCUGUGGGGGUUGUGGGGGCAGUGUAGACACUAAGUACCAUUUGUCACACGCCCUUUAGUUUCAGCUGAACUCCUCCAUCUUCCAACUCAAUUAGGCCAUUUGUCCCCUGCCUCCCUCCUCCCCAUCCCAUCUUACUCUUAAAAGUUCCCUUGAACAAGGUGGUUGGGGGGUGUUGAGGCACCAGGUAACCUAAACAGGCUCAUGGUUCUGAAGUUGGAAGAGCAUCAAGACCUCUUGGCCUCUCCUCCAGUUUUCAAUUUUCCCCCAAAGCAGGGUUUGGUGCCAACCCUUUCACCUCCUUCUAGAGCAGAGACUCAUGGUCAAGUUUUGGGGGAUACAGUCACCAUCCCCAUGGUACUGAUACUUGCUGGAUUUAGGGAAGGCAUUUUGCCACCAAGCCUCUUCCCAAUGCCCUGGGGACCAGUCUUCUGUUUUUCAUUGUUUGAUGUUCCCAAUGCAUGCUGUGACUUCCCUAGCACUCCUCUAACAAGACUACAUUGCAUGUUCUGAGACAGUAGGGGGUGGUAAGAUAAAGAAGGGAAGUGUAUGUAUAUGGCUGGGGGGGAUGGAUGAAGGUUGGCCCAAGGUUACCAGGGGCUUGCAGAAGGCUCUGUAUGUCCCCGAAUACUAGCCAAAUCCUCAAAUUCCAGCCAUAAACACGUACUAGGCUGGAUCCUCCACCUUCUAUAUUGGGUUCAGCCUAGGCAGCCAGCUUUGGGGGCUGAGCUACCGGGACCAAUGGAUUUAAACUGGCAUUUCAGUCCAAGGAAGCUCUGAGUGGAUUUAGGGUCAGGUCCUCUGGAGAGGUCAGAGGAACCUCUGUGGGUGCUGGGUACUCCAGAGGUGCCCCCCAGUGGAAGGGUCAAUGGAGCCCCAGUGGGAAGGAAGGCCUAAGGAGGCCAUUCUUGAUCCCUAGAUUGGGGCCAAAGGAGCUAGUGCAGGGACCAAAUGGACCGAAAGUCUCAGCCCAUCAUGGGGCUUCUCCAGGCAGGCUCCUUGCCCUCUUCAAGCCUGUUUUAAACUCUCCCUGCCAGGUGCCCUUUCUUCUCGGUGAAGGCCACUGCCCAGGGCCCUCCUCCGCCCCCUAGUGGCCAGAGCCUGGUUAAAGUCCCCCAGUGCCUCCUUGUGUAUAGACUUUCCCCUCCCCACUCCCUUCUGCCCCUGUGGUCCCGUUCAUCCAGCGGGGCCUCUAGAGAACCCUAUCCCAGCCCUUACAGUAUAGUGUAGAGCCCCCUCCCCCGGCUGGUGUAGAAUAGCCGAUAGUGUAGUGCGGUGUGCUUUUACGUGAUGGCGAGUGGGCAGCGGGCGGCAGGCUGGCGCAGCCGUCUGUCCUUGAAUCUGCCUGCGGCGGCCCGUGCUGUGUUUUGUGCUGUGUCCACGCGCUGCGGCGACCCCCUCCCUGGUACUGACUCUUCUAUAAGCGCUUCUCUUUGCAUAGUCACGUAGCUCCCACCCCCAUUCCCUUCCUGUAUCUCACGCAAGUUUUAUACUCUAAUAUUUAUAUGGCUUUUUUCUUCGAACAAAAAAUAAUAAAAAGAUUUCUUCUGAAA